GGCAAAGCAGUAAAGCAGCGACAAUCGCCGCAACCGUCGGUCGUGUCUUCCCCUACAAAUACUGGACAUCGAGUCUUUUCGCCAGUCGACUCACGCCACGGAUCUGUGUUCUGUGAAGGUUUGGCUUGUCCUCGAUUUUCAAUUGACUGGGAGCUCCAUUCCCACCAGGACGGACGACUUUGCUUUUUCAAGAGCGGCUGUCCAUCUUCAAACAGUGUACAGUGGCGGAGCAAGAAACGUGAGGAAAUGCUGCCAAAGAAACGAAGAGCCACGGAUGCUCCGAUGGCACACAAGGAAAUUGAGAAACGGCGCAGAGAUCGCAUGAACGAGUCCUACACCAUGAUUGAGGCCCUCUUGCCGGGAACCAGAGCCAACUCGGCUCAUAACCUGGUCAAGGUGGAAGUGUUGCGUCGUGCCAUACAGCAUAUCAAAAAUGCCCAUAGCAAGAUGGCAGAGGCGGGAGGGACAGUGGCAAAGCCAGUGACAUCACCGUCAACAUCGGCGAUGUCACUGCCACCAUCGGCAGUGGAUGCUUCGUCUGCCAUGGCAGUGUCAAGCUCAACUCUGCACCAAGACGAGGUUGCUGGUGAUGGUGAUGGUGGUGGUGGUGGUGGCAGUGCUGGUAGGGAGUUCAACGUCAACCUGCAUAGGCUUAGAGGCAUACAGGACUGCAUCCAGGAUUCACAGCAGCUCCUGAUAGAAAACGGGAUGCCAGUGCGAGAUCCAGAGCACGUUGCUAUAAUGUCACGUCUCGAAAGCUUUUACAGUUGCCAGGAGAGCGCCUUGAAGUCACACAAGAAGAAGAAGACAAGUUCGUAUGGUAGCAGUGCUAGCACCACGAUCACCAGUCAAGCCACCGCGGCGGAUCCUGGAAACCACUUACCCGUAAGUUCAAGAAACGGCCAGCGCUCAAUUACGGAGUUGAUAGAUGCAGCCAAUUUGAUGCUGCACAGCACUCCCGAACCAGGCCAGGCAUACUUAGCAGACCCGGCAGCGCUAGAGCUAGAGCCAGAGUCACUGCCAGUGCCAGACACAGCUCCAACCUAUGGCCUGGAUCUCAUCUCAACAGUGGCUACAAGAGGAGUAGGCCGUGGGAACAGCACACCAGCUGACAGGCCUGCACCUAUCAGUGCAUCCACACUGCCUGAUGCUAGUGCCACUCUUCCUGCUGCUAGUGCCGCUCUUCCUGCUGCCAGCGCACCUCAAGCAGUCUUCCAACUCCCCACCGCUAGCCAAGCGCAGCAGCCUCUGCAGUCUCCAGCACAAAGCGCUACUCAGCACUACCUGUUGGUGCCGCAGUCGGCAGCAGGCGUGUCCACCGCACCAGUGCAUUUGACCCCAACAGGUGUUCUUCACACCAGUGCUUCAAACACUGGUGUGACAGGUGCAGCUGUAGCUCAACAGCACCAUAUCAUACCUCUCAUUGAUCAGUCUCACCUAGCCAUGCUGCGCACAAGCGAUGCUGAACAGGGCUUUUCCAACCAGUUAGUACAGGUGCCGCAGCAGCAGCAGCCGCAGCCGGUGUUCUCAGUAGCUGCCAACAUGCUAGCCCUGGCAUCAUCUACAGCAGCUGCGGGUGCAGCUGUAUCAAGCAUGCCAAGCAUGGUCUCUGGUUGGUCAUCAGCAGGGAUUCCAGGCGUCUCAGCUGUGAGCAACAUGGCCAGCACUGAUCCUCAUCCAUCUGUCUAGUACUGUGGAUACACUGAGCUAUGCGUGCCCGCAUCGCUCUACUGGAAUGCUGUAAGUAAAAGAAAUAACGUCAAAUGCUCAUCUUCCCACAAGCUGGUCUUGAACAUAACCAUGCCUCAGGUUGUCUUGUACAAAGCUCCUCCUGCUCCUGCCACUGUUACUGUUACCAUUCUGAUACAGGUUCCAACUAGAGAAUCACCUAUGCCACCUGUUGCCUUGUACAGCAUAUGUAUGGUUUGCCCUUUAGUCGUGUCUGCCCCUUUCUUCAUAUGUAAAUAUUGACCUAUGUUGCUUCCUCUUCCUAUAAAGUUACGCCAACUGUCCUAACGUUGUACAGCACCGUCCUCACCCACAACCCACUCACAGGUGUACAAUCUCGCACAACCUAUUCACCAGUGUACACUUCCCCGCACCUCUAUAUAGGCUAUAGUCAUGUGACUGACUCAUACUCAUAGUCAAUGCUGACAUUGUGAAUAAGACCCAGCUGUAUAAUUUCUUAUCAAAUUGUAUGUGCCACCAUUGCCAACUGAUCCGGCGUAUAGACACUAUACAUUGCACUGUUCAUUUCAUCAGUAUGGUACAUCAAGUAUCCCCGCUGCAGCGAGCAGCCACCAUCCGUUUUCUCUCUUCCGCGAAGCAAACCUAGCAACGCUGGCAGGAUGAGUCUCAAGUUUGUUGCGGAGAUGCUUGACUGUAUCCGCUGUCCGGCAUGCAGUGCUGAACACCAUCACAUCAUCAGUCUCGGCAUGGCAUUGUAUAUAGUGUACUACUAUCACAUCGUGGCAUGGCAUUGUAUAUAGUGUAGAUAUGAACGCUCUCCCGUUUGAUUUCUACUGUGCAAAGUAAGUGCCGGGAGAUUCGGCAACAUGCUACUCUGCUACUCUGCAUGUACUGUCUAUCCCAAUAACAUGUACAUGUGUAUGGUGUGUACGAAGUUAUUGUUUUGAUUAUCACAGCACUAUUAUAACACAAGUACAGCCACUGCCGCUAUAGUAUACACAGUGAUCUAAUUAUUAUUUUAUCAGUUCCUAAUCGGCAGCCGUGCUGCUACCCACGUGCAGUCAACUGGGAACAUGUGGCCAGGAACGAGCGGUGCAUUGAUGCGGCUGAUGGUGUUGUGGGCACUUGUGGUGCCAGUGGUGUGGGACGUACCUCCUCACCCCACCGUUAGGCGCAGCAUCUGCCGCUGGAUUCCGGUGUCAGCGGCCGCCGUGAGUUCCCUCGGGAGCGGACACAAUAAUUUACUGUUUUUGAAUAGUAAUGAAACGGCUGAUUCAUCCUGCUAUUUUAAAAUUAUGUUGCAUGGCUCUGAAGGCUGAACAUCUGGUACUUCUGUCUUUUUUUUGUGGAUUGGGCAGUUGUGCGCCAAAACUCCUCUUCUGCGCCAUUCA